GUGGGGCUCCUGCGGAGCGCACAUUGCUCCAGCCCUUCUCGAGAGCGCGUGUGUCUAUAUGCCUGGGUGAGAGACGGUCCAGCAGGGCCAGCUAAGGAGGGAGCCGCGGGCGCUGGAGCCGAGAGCUCAGCUAAUAAAGAGUAAUCAGAUAAAUCCAGCCUGCGCAGCCGCCUGCCUCUGUGUGUGUGUGUGCGCGCCUCAGAGGAGAGGGGCUCGGGCUAGAGCCGGGCAGCUGCGGCUGUGGUUUCUGCACACUCACCUUGAUGCGCGGGGAGAGACCAGGAGCUAAACACCCACCCUUAAGCAAGGGGAGCUUUAUUUUCUUCCGUUCAGCGUGGACACCAAGCGCCGCCCAUCAAUACCUUCGCAUGCUGACUGACCAUCCUUUCUUUUGGGGGUACGAAUCUCUGGCACUUGCUGGGAGUUUGCAAGCACGAGAGAAAGCAGGACUUUCUUUCCCUUCGGGUUUGGAUUUAAUCUCUCUCCUAUUCGUUAAUGCCCAGCGCCCCAGUCAACAAGGAACCGCUAGUGCAGUUUAUUAGCGUCUGCAAUGUGGGGGAUUAUUUGAGACUUCAAAUCCGAUACAUAUUUGUGUUUGUACAGAUGUUUACUGUGUAAAUCGUGCAACGGUAUACAAUUGGGCGGAGGAGGGAAAUCUGAAAAGCAGUUGGGUACCUACCAAAGGAGGCUGCUCCAGCUGACAGAUCUCUCCUCCAUAUUCGCACAGGAGCUGCUGCUACUGAGACUUCAACUGUUUUAUUACUUUCACGGAUUUAAAUGGACAUUUCCCAACAGUGUAUAUAAUCUCCAGGAGCGGCGUGUGAUCGGCUGUUUACUGUUUUCAUCACUAUUGUCACUGCCUAGGCAUGGUGUUUACCAUUGAAAAGUGGUCACACUUUGGAGCAUUUUUUCAAGGGAUGUACAAUUACUUGCUGACUUUCUCACGCAUUUGGAAUUAGAGCAACAGCUUGUUUGGUCGACUGAGGUGCCCGUGAGAGCAAAAUGUACUGGCCAAGCCAAGGGCAGGAGCCUUCUCUGUUAAUUUCCCCCCCACCCCAAAGCUGUUCAGGCUUUAUUUUUUUCCUCACUUCCCUACAUCCCAAUAACUAAAGAGAGCUUCUCCCACGGUGCAUUUCCACAUUGCUGCUUGCUCCCCCCUUCGCCGGCUCGCUCGCUAACAUAUUGCAUUAUCGGGGCUGCUGAGAGCCCAUAUUAUUUCAAAGAUCUUUUUUAAAAAGAAGGCUGAAGGGGCAGAGGGAGCCAUUCCUGCCUUUUACGGGAAGGUGCGGGCACCAGCAGGCUUGGGGCGCUGCUCAGGAGUCCUGCCUUUUGCCUUGGGACCCAAGGGGCGAGUCGGGGUGUUUUGGGGACCGCUGGGCUCCUUUCCUGCCGGAAGCUCAGGAGAAAGGACCCUGCUCGCUCAAAGUGGCCUACACGGCUCCCCCUUUCCCGCUCCACUUUGUUUCCCUCCGCCCGGGGAAUCGUUUGGACACUGCGCCCCUCUCUCUCUUCUGCCUUCUCCGCUCCGCAGGCCGCUUCCCCCCCGCCCCCGGGGAAGCUGAUCGCACGGCGGCUGCCCGCGCCCUGUUCUGGUGCUGCUCUUGCCCCGCUUUCAGCGCCCGUGGUGAUGCCAUGCCCCGCAAGCUCAGCGGAGGAGACGAGGGCAGCUCCGCCGGGCUCUGGAUGAAGAGCAGCCGCGCGGGCAGCGGCAUGAAGGAUGUGGAGGCCGGCCGCAGCAGGGUGCUCAUGAACUCGGCCUCCAGAGGGGACGGCUUGCUCCUGCUGGGCACCGGUAGCGCCAUCGGCCGAGGCGGCUCGCGGGAGAACCGGCGGGGGAAGCAAGGGGGAGCCCGGAUGAGCCUGCUGGGGAAGCCGCUGUCGUACAACAGCAGCCAGAGCUGCCGGAGGAACGUCAAGUACCGGAGGCUGCAAAACUAUCUGUACAACGUACUGGAGAGACCGCGCAGCUGGGCGUUCAUCUACCACGCGUUCGUUUUUCUUCUUGUAUUUGGUUGCUUGAUUUUGUCAGUGUUUUCCACCAUUCCUGAGCACGCAAAACUUGCCUCUCGUUGCCUCUUCAUUCUGGAGUUUGUCAUGAUUGUUGUGUUUGGUUUCGAAUAUAUAAUUCGCAUCUGGUCAGCUGGCUGCUGUUGUCGCUACCGAGGAUGGCAAGGAAGAUUGCGAUUUGCAAGGAAACCAUUCUGUGUAAUCGACACCAUUGUUCUCAUCGCUUCAAUAGCAGUUGUUUCUGCAAAAACUCAGGGUAACAUUUUUGCAACAUCAGCACUGAGAAGUCUUCGUUUCCUACAGAUCCUUCGUAUGGUGCGCAUGGACCGAAGAGGAGGGACUUGGAAAUUAUUAGGUUCAGUAGUUUAUGCACAUAGCAAGGAAUUAAUCACAGCCUGGUACAUAGGAUUUUUAGUACUUAUCUUUUCCUCUUUCCUUGUCUAUCUGGUGGAAAAAGAUGCAAAUACCCAGUUUUCUACGUAUGCAGAUGCUCUCUGGUGGGGCACAAUCACAUUGACAACAAUUGGCUAUGGAGACAAAACUCCUCUUACUUGGCUUGGAAGGCUGCUUUCUGCUGGGUUUGCUCUACUUGGAAUUUCUUUCUUUGCACUACCUGCUGGCAUUCUUGGCUCAGGCUUUGCAUUAAAAGUACAAGAACAGCAUCGUCAGAAACAUUUUGAGAAAAGAAGGAAUCCAGCUGCCAGUUUAAUUCAGUGUGUAUGGCGUAGUUAUGCGGCUGAUGAGAAAUCGGUUUCCAUUGCUACCUGGAAGCCUCAUUUGAAGGCCUUGCAUACCUGCAGCCCUACAAAUAAGCUUUGUAGUAAUAAACAGAAGCUCUUCAGGAUGUACAGCUCUCGGAAACAUAGCCAGAAGUUAAGUUUUAAAGAGCGGGUACGAAUGGCUAGCCCAAGAGGGCAGAGUAUUAAGAACAGGCAGGCAUCAGUUGGAGAUCGACGGUCACCAGGUACUGACGUUACUGCAGAGAGCAGCCCAACCAAAGUGCAAAAGAGCUGGAGCUUCAAUGACCGAACUCGUUUCAGACCUUCACUGCGUCUGAAGAGUUCUCAGCCAAAACCAGUGGCUGAUGCUGACACCACUCUUGGAACAGACGAUGUUUGUGAUGAGAGAGGAUGCCAAUGUGAUGUAUCAGUAGAAGAUCUCACGCCAGCACUUAAAACCAUCAUUAGAGCUAUCAGAAUCAUGAAAUUUCAUGUUGCAAAAAGAAAGUUUAAAGAGACAUUACGUCCAUAUGAUGUAAAAGAUGUAAUUGAACAGUAUUCAGCUGGUCACCUUGAUAUGUUGUGCAGAAUAAAAAGCCUUCAGUCCCGCGUUGACCAGAUUCUUGGAAAAGGACAAAUCACAACAGAUAAGAAAAGUCGAGAAAAGAAUACUGCAGAGAAUGAGACAACUGAUGACUUUAGUAUGUUAGGGCGUGUAGUCAAGGUGGAGAAGCAGGUGCAAUCCAUAGAGUCAAAACUGGACAGCCUGUUAGAUAUAUAUCAACAGGUCUUAAGGAAAGGAUCUGCAUCAGCGCUCACUUUGGCUUCAUUUCAAAUGCCAUCUUUUGAAUGUGACCAGACCUCUGAUUAUCAAAGUCCUGUAGACAGCAAAGAUUUAUCUAGUUCUGCACAAACUAGUGGAUGUGUAUCCAGAUCAGCUAGUGCCAACAUGACUCGUGGCCUACAGCUUAUACUGACACCAAAUGAAUUUAGCACUCAGGCUUACUAUGCUUUUAGUCCAACUAUGCAUAGUCAAGCAACACAGGUGCCAAAUGAUGAACCUGCAACAGUAAUAACUAAUAACACAUCAAACCAAAUAAACCAGGCAACUAAGCCAACAACACCAACAAUGUUACAAAUACCACCUUUCUCCUCAGUCAAGGAUGCCAACUGGCCUGAGCCUCUUCAUAUUAUUCCUGCAACCACACAGGAAAAUAUUUCUGAUGUCACCGCUUGCCUUGUUGCUUUAAAGGAUAAUGGACAAGUUGCACAGUCCAAAGUGACAAAGGAUCUUUCCUGGAGAAAAAACCUUGAUACAGAAGGGGAACCCUUGGUCUCAGUUAAACCAGUAGUGCAAAUGGAUUUAGGAAAAUCUUUAUCUGUACAAAACCUUAUACAAUCAUCUGAAGAACUGAAUGUACAGAUUGCUGGGAGUGACUCCAGUGGCUCAAGAGGGAGCCAGGAAGUGUACUCCAAAUGGAGGGAGUCAAAAUUAUUUAUAACAGAUGAAGAGUUGGAAGCAGAGACAAAAACAGAGGCUUUUGAAAGCAUCUCUCGCUCAUUAGUGGAAACAGCUCUUUCUACUGACUCUCUAAGGACUGGAAUAUCAAGAUCAUCUCAAAGCAUUUGCAAGCCAGGGGACAGUACAGAUGCACUCAGCUUGCCUCAUGUCAAACUUAAAUAACAAUUUAUGAGUUUUCUUCAUUGGCUGAGUAAUUCCUUUAGUCAUACAUAUCAUAGCAUGAACUCUUUUUAAAGUCUUUUUAAUAAGAUAAAAUUGCAAGAAUCAGGAAGAAUCUGAAAGGCAGUUGUAUGAGCCCAUAUCUUCUAGUUGCAUGAAAAUGCAUGCUUAAGUGACAGCUAAAAUUCAGAUUUAUACCUAAUGUACAUCACUUUUAUGUAGUACCGUAGGUGUAAAUAAUGAGUAAUCUACAAAGUUAAUACUGCAGACUGUCAGAAAGCAAAGAUCUGAGCAUUUAGAAAUAGGGUUGUUUCUACAAUACAGAAGUAAAAAUCGUAAGAUUUAAAGCACUUUGCUUCUGGAUUAAUUAAAAAUAUAUAUGUCCUGAAUUAGACAAUAGUUUAUGUUUACAAGAAAAAUAUUAUCUACAGCUGCUAGCAAGGUACCAAGGAAACUAGUAAUAUGGGACUAGAAAUGGCUGCUAGUUGCAAGAUACACACAUUAACUCAUCAUUAAUCAGUUAUUUUAACACUCUCAGCUUUAGAAUGUUAAUUUCUGUAAUAUUUUUGGUGAUUUAGUGCUGUGGCAAAGUACUUUGCACACCACUUUCAGGUUGUUCUUUAUGAUAAGAACCUUCUUUUGCUAUGAAAUGUACAAAUUCAAAGAAUAAGGGCUGGCCUUAGAGAUGGAUAAUCUGGACUACUGCACCAAAAAUUCAGGGGCAGCUUUCCUUCCCCCAAACUUGCUGAUAUCACUGCCCUUCCUGUGGAUCUGAAGCAUUCUGGAAGCAGAAUCAACAGGAGAGGAGAGGGCGCUGCCUUUAUUAUAGAAGUAAUUCUUUCUGCCCUGAAGGUGGCACUAUGCUUCACAAUUGCACCCUGAUACUCCAUGAUACUGUGUCAGAAGUCUGUGAAGGAAGUGAAAAUGGUAAUGUGGGAUAUUGAAAGCAGAGGGUAAAACAAAGGGGAUAAGGGAAGAGAGAGAGACUACAGAAGGGGUGAAGAGGAAAAAAGAGAAUAUGAUAAGCAAAGGAGAAUAUGAAU